UCCGGUUCAUUGAGCCGGAAGUGAACCGAACAGACACGCCGCACCGCCGCCUCUCUCGUGCCAGUAAUUGUGACGACAUUCUAGACAAUUCUGCUCCUUUCCGCGAACCCCGCAUUGUUGUCAUCGGGGGACAGAGACCACUGUGAACCAACUGUGGUCACAAUAAGAUGAGAGAAAGCUGUGUGAGGUCGACUGAGAGGAGCACAGUGACCGUGGAGCAAAGCUAACCCACGAAUGGCCUGCCAGUCUGUUGCUGCAAUCAUGGACGAGCAGGCCCUGCUGGGGCUCAACCCGAAUGCUGAUGCCCGAUACAGGCAGAGGGCCAUGGCAUACUUCGAGCAGCUGAAGGAGUCGCAGGACGCCUGGGAGGUGUGUGCACAGGCGCUUGCUAAAGGCGUCUACAGUGAUGACCACGUCAAGUUCUUUUGCUUCCAAGUUUUGGAGCAUCAGAUCAAGUUCAGACACAGCGGGCUAAGUGGCGCCCAGCAGCAACUCAUCAGAGAGACGCUGAUGAAGUGGCUGCAGAUGCAGUUGAUGAACACUCAGCCUGAGAAGGUCUUUAUCAGGAACAAAGCUGCUCAGGUGUUUGCUCUCACCUUCAUCAUGGAGUACCUCACCCUCUGGCCCAAGUUCUUCUUUGACAUCCUGUCCCUGGUGGGUGUCAACCCUCACGGCGUGGACAUCUACCUAAGGACGCUCAUGGCCAUCGACGCCGAAGUAGUGGACCGAGACAUCCUACACGCACCUGAGGACACGCGCAGGAACACUUUGAUUAAAGACACCAUGCGUGAGCAGUGCAUUCCCAGCCUGGUGGAGUCCUGGUUUCAUAUCCUACAGACGUACCAACAAACCCACCCCGAGCUCACCUGCCAGUGUUUGGAGGUGGUCGGAGCCUACGUGUCCUGGAUCGAACUCAGCCUCAUCGCAAAUGAACGGUUCGUUAACGUGCUGCUAAGCCACAUGUCAGUGGAUGAGCUCCGAGAAGAGGCCUGUGACUGUCUGCUGGAGAUUGUCAACAAGGGCAUGGACCCCCUGGACAAGACCAAGCUGGUGGAGUCUCUCUGUCAAGUCCUGCAGUCUGCUGGAUUCUUCAACGUGGACCAGGAGGAGGAUGUGGAUUUCCUGGCUAAAUUCUCGCGUCUGGUCAACGGGAUGGGCCAGAGUCUGGUCUUGAGCUGGACCAAACUGGUCAAGGCAGGAAGCUUAAAAGACGCUACCGACACGCUACACGCUUUGGAGGCCAAAAUUCCCCUAAUGCUACAACUACUGGUGCACCAGGACGACGACAUCUCGGCCAAUGUGGUGGGAUUCUGCUACGAGUACCUUCACGUCCUCAAACAGCUUCCUGAACUAAGUGAGCGUCAGAAGAGCAACAUGGAGGCCAUAAUGCUGGCGGUUAUCAAGAAGCUGACGUAUGAUGACGAAUACAAUUUUGAAAACGAGGGUGAGGACGAGGCCAUGUUUGUGGAGUACAGGAAGCAGCUGAAGAUGCUGUUGGACCGUCUAGCCCAGGUGUCUCCUGAGCUGCUGCUGGAAGCUGUCCGUCGUGUCUUCAACACCACCAUGCAGAAUUGGCAGAGCACCUCCUUCAUGGAGGUGGAAGUGGCUGUCAGGUUGCUGUACAUGCUGGGCGAGGCGCUGCCCACUUCUCACGGUGCUCACUUCUCAGGAGACACCGUGAAGACCAGCGCUCUGCAGGACAUGAUGAGGACGCUGGUGACGUGUGGCGUCAGCGGCUACCAGCACUCGUCUGUGUCUCUGGAAUUCUUUGAAACGGUCGCCCGAUAUGAUAAAUUCUUCAUCGUUGAGCCGCAGCACAUCCCCAUUGUAUUGAUGGCUUUUCUGGACCAUAGAGGACUGAGACACAACAGUCCAAAGGUCCGCAGCCGGGUGGCUUAUCUUUUCUCCCGGUUCAUCAAAACACUGCACAAACACAUGACGGCCUUCAUCGAGGACAUCCUGACCCGGAUCCAGGACCUGCUGGAGCUGGCUCCUCCUGAGAACGGUUUCCCGGCACUUCUUACCAACGACGACCAGCUCUUCAUGUUCGAGUCGGCCGGCGUGCUGAUAGUGAGUGGCGAGAGUCCGGUGGAGAGAAAGCAGGCCAUGAUGAGAGGUCUUCUGGCGCCGCUGAUGGAUGCCUUCCGCUUGCUGCUUACCAAGCUUCCGCUGGAGACGGACGAGGAGAGGCAGGUCGCCGUCGCCGACUGCCUAAGCCACGCUGUCGGCUUCGCCAGUCGCACCAGCAAGGCGUUCAGCAAUAAGCAGACAGUGAAGCAGUGCGGCUGCACGGAGGUCUACAGAGACUGUCUGCACACCUUCCUGCCUGCGCUGAGCUGCCCCCUCCAGCGGGGGGUGCUGCGCAGCUGCGUGCGCUCUUUCUUGCACCGCAUGAUCAUCUGCCUGGAGGAAGAGGUGCUGCCCUUCAUUCCCGCCGCUUCCGAACAUAUGCUGAAGGACUGCGAGGCCAAAGACCUGCAGGAGUUUAUCCCGCUCAUCAGCCAGAUUACCGCCAAGUUCAAACGGCAGGUGUCUCCAUUCCUGCAGCAGGUGUUCAUGCCGCUUGUGCUAGCUAUCUUCGAGGCGUUAGCUCGGCCGGCCGAGGACAACGACCAGGCCGCCGCUCUGGAGAAGCAGAUGCUGCGCAGGAGCUACUUCUCCUUUAUCCAGACCAUCGCAGGAAGCGGCAUGAACGAGGUCAUGGCCAACCAAGGAGCAGAGAACAUGGAGCGUGUGGUGUUCACCAUCAUCCAAGGUGCAGUGGAUUUCCCUGACCCUGUGGCCCAAAAGACCUGCUUUAUCAUCCUGGCCAAGCUGGUGGAGAUUUGGGGGGGCAAAGACGGCAUGGUGGGCUUUGACGACUUUGUGUACAAGCACAUUGUUCCCGCCUGCUUCCUGGCUCCCCUCAAGCCAACCUUUGACCUUUCAGACGCUCAGACCGUACUGACGCUUUCCGAGGUGGUCGUCACGCUGAAGAUGAUCCACGUCAAACAGGGGCCGGAGUUUGUUCAAUUCCUCCAGCACAACUACCUGCCUUCCCUUCACGUGUCUCCCGACAUCGCACAGGAGCUGUGUCACGUCCUCCAACAGCCAGACAUCAAAGUCUUAAAAACCUACAUGAAGGCGUUCUUCCAGCGAGCCAAGCUGUAGGGGGUGAAAGGGCACAGGAAGUCGGCAUAGGAGCUGCAGUUUGCACUUGAAAGCGAGCCCGGUGUAUCUAAGCGAGGUCAAGGGUCAGCGAGCGGCGGAGCCCGUGACAAGACGAGCUGUCCACGUGAACUCUGAACUUUGCAGGAGGCGUGGCUUAGUGUGGAGAACUUUUUUUUUUUUUUUUAAUUCUCCUAAGAACGCUAAAGGGCUGAAUUUUUAUUUUUUUUGGCGUGACCUAAUUUAAUAUGCAAAUCAUGUGUCAAUCAUCUCAGCUCUUGAAUUAAGAUGUUUCGGUUCCAUAAGAGGAACAAGGCGUAAAUAUAACGACCAGCGUUCUUCGCUUUAGUUUUUUGUUCUCUAAUGACAAAUAGAGGAAAUAAAACACUUUAAAGACUUCACUGUGAACAAAUGAAAUGUGGCUUAGAUAAUAAACAUGUAUUGUUUAUUUUACAGCAUGUAGCUUUAAGUAAAGGAAAGAAUUUUUUUUUCAA